UGUGCAUGCACAUUUCAAGUAGGUAAAAAUCUGCAUACAGCCUCUCCGAUUACAUUAUACGCCCAUGCAGCUGAAAGUUCAAGCAGCUUUGAACCUUUUGUAAUGAAAGCCAUAUUUGUAUAAUACUGUGAGAUUUAGUGAUACACAGUCGGGCUUGUCAUAAGUAACUCGAAACCAGACGUACCUGCUAUAAUAUUUGUACGUUGCUGUCUGAAUGUAGGCCGCUCUAUCAAUGGCGACUAACAUGGAUGACUACGAAUACGAUGACGGACUCACAACAGACAUCAAAGGAAAUGCGUCUUUGGAUUCAUUGGAUUCAUCAUGGAGUUCAUACUCCUUUUCGUAUAUCUUUGACGACUGCGCGGAGUUGACUGUUGAAAAAGCGAGGAGUUUAAUUGAGACCCACGCACUACUGUAUUCUCAGACAGCCAAGGUCUAUAUUGGGUUCUUUUUACCCUUUUUGUUAUGUGUUGGGGUGAUAGGGAAUCUGAUUUUUCUUCACGUGAUACGCAGCAAGCCUUACAUGCGCACUGCUACCAACUGGAUACUAGCAAAUUUGGCUGUUGCUGAUCUGAUUUUUCUCUCCUUUGGUAUUGGGGACAAACUUUGGAUGUAUCACCACUCCCCGUUUAUCAAUGAUCGCUUCUCUUUCGGAGAGUUUGGUUGCCCGAUCAUCUUUACAUUCAUCGACGCCUCCUAUUUCGCAGCGAUCUGUAUGGUAACUCUCGUGUCCGUGGAGCGAUAUUACGCGGUGUGUCGUAGUCAUAGUGCGCGUACUAAUACGCUCAGGUCCAUGUUUAUCGCUCUAGUGGUCCUAUCAUGGAUCGUCAGUAUCGGUAUCGCUGCCUCAUUCGUUCCUGCAUCCAGUAGCAUGUAUGUAGGAUGCCAUGUUUGGCCUGAUGUUGAACCUUACAAAAAUCUGUCAAUGAACAUAGGGUUGUGCGCACCAGCCGACGGGUUAGAAAUAUACCCACUUUAUGUGAACAUUGCCAGAACGGUUCCUUUCCUUCUUUUGAUUACUCUGAAUAUAUGGCUCUACGCGUGUAUUGUGAGAGGCAUGACGCGUGCGGUCCGUCAUACGCGCAUUGUCGGACGUGCAGACACCAACCUUAAGCAGCGAAACCAAAUAACAGGCAUGCUUGUGGUCAACGGUCUCAUAUUCUUCAUCUGUCUAGUACCCUUUGAGAUCUUCUCUAUCCUUCAAGCAGUUAACCUGAUCCGGGAUGGGGAUGAACCCCUUUUCAGUAAGCGUGUUACGGUACCACUCCGAUACGUUGCACAGGCCAUGUCCUACAUCAACAGCGUCGUUAACCCUGUCAUAUAUAUCGCAAUGAGUAGAAGAUAUCGUGAUGCUUUUAAGGACUCUCUACUGUGCCGAGCUACUGAGACGCAGACCACAUCCUUCGCCACCAGUACAACUGCGAUUCCGAUUGGCCACUCGUACAAACCUGUUGAUACUAAACUUUAAUCUGGUAGCAGUUAUUGAAUUCAAGAUUUUAAAUAGUCCGGGGAAUCAUUAGGAUUCCUUAUACACGUACCCAACUAGAUCUCUGCCGGGAAAGACUCACUGUAGUAUAGAAAAGCCCAACGUGUUCAUCAAUGAAAUAGCAGUUGGGCCAUUUUACCUGCUCAAUUUGUUGAUGAUCUUAAAAUGGGUAACACAAUUAUGUGUUUUAGAAAAGUCUCUUUUACAACACAGUGGUUGAUGUUCUCCCUGUCAUGAGGACAUAUUCUUGGCUUCUUUCGCUGGGAAGAGGUGAAAAAUAAUUUGUGAGCGUUAUCAAUGUUAUUGUGCAAGUGUGGAAGAACAUCAGAUAACAAACGUUCCCUGAAAAGCAUGGCUCUUCAAACGCCUUAAUAUUCUAAAUAUGGCAUGUAUAUAACAGCAUAAAGAUCAGGACGGAUUUUUGUGCCACAUGUUCGUGUAGUCAAUAUACAUAUU